UACCCCUUUGAGUGGGUUAAUAUUUCACGGACGCCGGCGAAGUGAAGAGACGAGGAGGAGAGAGAAACCUCCCAACACAACCGACUGAGGGUGGAGGAGGGGGACCAGUGGCAGUAGAAAAUGGCUGCCAUGACAACGGUGCCCAGCUAUACCCCUUCACUGUGGGUGAGAGUGUGUCAUGCCCUCCCCCGGCUGGACCUCACCAUGCAGAUGAAGGACAACAUCUUUGUCCCCGACAGCUGGGAGUACCAGCAGACUCUGCUGGUUUUGUCCAGUUUGUCAGCCAUAGCUCUCGUCAUCUCCCUCCUGGUGGUCCUCUCCUUCCUCAUACACUACUGCUGCUGUCACCGUGGCGACCGGAGCGAAGGAUCAGAGGAGGAGGAGGAGGACGAAGAUGCCAGCACAGGUCACGGUUACAGCGGGAAGAAGGGGCGGGGCAUCUGCUGUGUCACGUGGGUGGCGGUGGCGUCUGUCACCCUGUGCUGUGUUGCCAUUGGCGUCGGUUUCUAUGGCAACAGCGAGGCUAAUGAUGGGAUGUAUCAGUUGACCUCGUCUCUUCUCACAGCCAAUUAUACGCUAGCUUCCAUCGAUAUGCUGAUUUCAGACACAAUAUCUGGGCUCCAGCUGUCCGUCUCCGGCCCCCUGACCUCGAUGGAGGAGCUCUUUACUGGCAGUAAACCCUUCCUGGCGUCGACGCGGAACUGCCGGAGGUUAUCUGAUAACGUGAUCAACCUCCUCUCCUCCAUCUCCCUGGCUCGGUCCAGUGUGGAUGCAGGCCUGGGGAACGACAGUAUCAGCGGGGCGUCCAUCAUACCUCUAACCCCAGUACCUCCCUCUGUGGCCCCUACAAUGGUGCCUACCGGCGGCCUGAUGCCCAGCCCCUUCUCACCUGGCUGGGCGGCCAACACGCUGAUGGUCAAUGAGGACUACAGGUGGCUUUCUUACGUGUUGUUGCUGCUGCUUGACCUCAUAGUGUGUCUGUUCAUCCUGCUCGGACUGGCCAAGCAGGCCCGCUGGCUGCUCAUCCUGAUGACCGUGCUGGCGUGGCUGGCUCUCUUCCUAAGCUGGGGCUCCCUGGGCCUGGAGACAGCCACUGUGGUGGCUCUCAGUGACUUCUGCUCGGAUCCAAACACGUUUGUAGUCAACUCCACCCACUUCAACACUGGGACCAGUUCAGAUGUGUUGGAUUAUUACCUGACCUGCAGCAGGCGCAUGAACAGUCCGUUCCAGCAGCUGCUGACCCAGUCGCAGAGGGCUCUGUCAAACAUUCACACACACCUCUCCAGUCUGGACAGAAAUGCUCUCACACAGUUCCCCAAAGCGGAGAAGUCACUCAGGGAGGUUCAGCAGAUACUCAACUCCACAGAGGGCAACUUUCAUCAGUUGGUGGCACUUCUGAACUGCCGAGGUCUGAAUAAGGACUACAUUGACUCUUUGAAAGGCCUGUGCUACGAUGGGAUGGAGGGACUGCUCUACCUCUCCCUCUACUCGUUCCUCUCUGCUCUGGCCUUCACCGCCAUCCUCUGCUCUCUGCCCGGCGCCUGGAGGAGCUUCCCCAGCGAAUCAGAAGAGUACGAAGACUCGGACAGCGAGAGUGAGGACCCCUUCACCUCCCAUCAGGCACGUAGACCGACGGCCUCGGGGUCUCAGCGAGGGGCCAUGACCCCCUUCUAUAAUUACCCGGGGGCCGGGUGGACACCCCCCUUUUCUAGUGCGCCGCCCCUCCCGACUCCAAACGUUUCCUCCAAUGGCAACCCUGGCUAUGAGAGCCUACCCUUGACUGAAAGGCAGUCCCCACCCCCCUCUUACUCUCCCAGCAUGCUGACUGGUUACGGGGGAAAUCAAUCACACCCCAACCCCGCCCAUUCGAGGAACCUGUAUUCACGUUGAUUUUUUGUUAGGAAAUGUAUAGAAAAAAAAGUUUAGUUUUCAUAUGAAUGGACACUUUACUGAAAUGAAAAAGAAACUAAUCUAAAUAAAAUGAAUGCUAGGUGUGAAUUCAAAGUGCGUAACGUCAGUACCACUGAAUAUUAUUAUUAAUAGAAGCACUUAAAAAAGAAACAGGUCUUAAAUGGACUGUUGAUAUAUAAACAACAAUAAUAUUGCUGGUAGGAUGGUUGUGCAAAUAUGAACCAAGUCCACUUGGUCCAAAUUGUUUCCCCUCGUCUGUCCAAACUCUGUGUAAACUGUGAACAGUGGUGAGGAAAGUCAGAAUGGUAUUGACGUUACUACGUUGUAGUUUUAUAUUCUUAAAUGUAUCAGUACCACCGAUUUAUUUUUAAUUUUUUAUAUAAAUAUUGUUGUAGAAAAACACUGGCACGUAGCAACAAGACACAUUUUUUUCUGUGAAUGGUUAAUGCAGUUCCUUCACUUGGUAUCUUGUUUUUUUUUAUUAUUAUUACUUUUUUUAUAGGUGGCAAUUCUGUAUUUUCCUUGUAUUACCAUAUGGUAUUCUGUAUAUCUCACUGUCUAUAAUAUCUAAAUAAUCAUGAACAUGUGCUCUUUAAAAAAAAUACUUGAGGGCUACCAAGACCCUGUUUUAAUGAUUAAAUGGAGAACUACAACUGCCACUUGAGUCUUGAGUGGAGAACUACAAAUCCCAUGCAAUGACAGCAGGUACAUAGCAAUAUGAUUCUUGCUACUGGUGCUGCAGUAGCCCUACCGUAACUAGCAAUAAUAACUAUGUAUAGCAUUGGGUUUCUGAGAUCUCUCCAAGAUGUUUUGUGUAUAUAUGGUCUGGUAUGUUGGAGAUUUCAUUGAAUCCCCCUUCCCUGCCGACUGACCUUGUUAACCCCUUGAAUUGAGUUUGUAUGGUUAUCAAUGCUCCUUUUGAAUGGCAUCCUUUUACA